UCGGAGCUUCGAGCUACAGACCCCAGAGCGGAGUCCGAGCGCGGCCGACGCAGCUGUGCUGGACGCCCUGGAGGAACAAGGAGACCUCCAGUCCCUCUUCUGCUAAGGUCCCCGGCUCCAGAGGCGCCAUGGCGGACAAGCUGAAGGACCCCAGCACCCGGGGCUUCCUGGAGGCGGCCGUGAAGAUCAGCCACACGUCCCCAGACAUCCCGGCCGAGGUGCAGAUGUCCGUCAGAGAGCACAUCGUGCGUCACACGCGGCUGCAGCGACAGACCACAGAGCCAGCGUCAUCCACCAGGCACACGUCCUUCAAGCGCCACCUGCCCCGGCAGAUGCACGUCUCCAGUGUGGACUAUGGCCACGAGCUGCCGCCGGCCGCAGAGCAGCCCACCAGCAUCGGCCGCAUCAAGCCCGAGCUGUACAAGCAGAAGUCGGUGGAUGGGGACGACGCCAAGUCCGAGGCCGCCAAGAGCUGCGGGAAGAUCAACUUCAGCCUGCGCUACGACUACGAGACGGAGACCCUGAUCGUGCGCAUCCUGAAGGCCUUCGACCUCCCCGCCAAGGACUUCUGCGGCAGCUCGGACCCUUACGUCAAGAUCUACCUCCUGCCCGACCGCAAGUGCAAGCAGCAGACGCGGGUGCACCGCAAGACCCUGAACCCCACCUUCGACGAGCACUUCCACUUCCCCGUGCCCUACGAGGAGCUGGCUGACCGCAAGCUGCACCUCAGUGUCUUCGACUUCGACCGCUUCUCCCGCCACGACAUGAUCGGGGAGGUGAUCCUGGACAACCUCUUUGAGGCCUCCGACCUGUCCCGGGAAACCUCCAUCUGGAAGGACAUCCAGUACGCCACGAGCGAAAGCGUGGAUUUGGGGGAGAUCAUGUUCUCCCUCUGCUACCUGCCCACAGCAGGCAGGCUCACCCUCACAGUGAUCAAGUGUCGGAACCUCAAGGCCAUGGACAUCACCGGCUACUCAGAUCCUUACGUCAAAGUGUCCCUGCUUUGUGACGGGCGGAGGCUGAAGAAGAAGAAAACCACCAUAAAGAAGAACACGCUCAAUCCUGUCUACAACGAGGCCAUCAUCUUUGACAUCCCGCCAGAGAACAUGGACCAAGUCAGCCUGCUCAUCUCGGUUAUGGACUAUGACCGAGUGGGCCACAAUGAGAUCAUCGGAGUCUGCCGCGUGGGGAUCAACGCGGAAGGCCUGGGCAGGGACCACUGGAACGAGAUGCUGGCGUACCCGCGGAAGCCCAUCGCGCACUGGCACUCCUUGGUGGAGGUAAAGAAAUCCUUCAAAGAGCAGUGGCAGGGCCGCGCCGCCAGCUUCGACAGCGAGAGCUCGUGCCCCUCUCCGAAGCCACCUCCGACCCCAUGAGCCGCACGGCCGAGCCACACCAACGGGACCCAGCACCGUUCUUUCUGCACCUGUUCAACCGUCUAAACACAGUGCCGUGCCGUCGGCGCACCAGGGGCAGCGCGGCGCGCGGGGUCCUACCUGCUCCUGUGUAGGUCAAGGCCGAGACACUUGUUCUGCGCUCAGAUCUGUCUUAGUCUUUUCUGUCUCCCAAGGUGAUGUUUCUUUGUGUGCGUGUGGUUUUCACUUUUUCUGGAUCGGCUGUCAAGAAAGGAAGAAAAAAGAAAGUGGGCAAAAACAGAGUGGAGAGCCCGGAAGUCGGUUCAGUAAAAGACAGUGUAAAAUAGUCGUCUUCGGGGGAAAGGUGAUGUGAAUUUCUGCGAUGUGUGUCUCCAUCAAGUGCCACUCCCCUGGAGAAGGAGGACGUGGGGUGGGGCUGUGGCCUCUUUCUGGUGGCCUGCAGGUGUCAAUCCAUGCAAGAGCCUUUAGGAGACUCUUUGAAGCUCUUCGCUCUGUGACACAAGCCGAGAUGCGGACUCCCGGUCCCCUGUGGAAAUCACAAGCGCCCUGCGGUGUCUGGGAACCUUCAAGGGGUUGGACAGGGCUCCUCGCCCCCUUCCCCAUGGACUUCAUUCAUGAUUUGAAAAGGUCUUGACCCCUCCUGGGAACUUAGUCACUUUCUUGAGGAAUGAUUCUGCGCCCCACGUUAAUAACCAUAUAUGUUCGGAAACGGGAUCUUUGGUCUCGAAAAUUACCUGCCUUGUCAAGGAGGUACGUGUGUCCUGGAAUGAUUUCUGUAUUAUACGUGGCUUUCUAAUUCCACGAGGCACCAAGCGGCUGUUUCAAAUGCCUACACAGGCCAGAGAAAACCCUAGGUAAAAUGCCUUUUCCGAAUGGGGAGGCGUGAAAUCCAAGGAAUAGUGGGAGCCCAUCUUUCUAGGAAGAGUGUCUUCUUGAUUGAGACCAAGGCAGCUUAGACCUAGUUCAGCCCCUUUGACUCUGGGACAACCUUCAUCUCGAACUUUAGUUCUAUAAACUACUGAGUACUUCCGUGUUUGUUGUUUGUUUCAGUGGUGAUGAAGGGCUUUGUUUUUCUUUCUUUAGAUAUCUAGCUUAGGCCAAGUUCAGUUUAGGAAAAAUAUAUUUGAACUAUUCUGUAUUGUCAGAGCUCAUUUCUGUUGAGUUGGCCUCCCCACCCACCCCUGUCACUAGGUUGAUGUGCUCAGCUCAGUCAAUGGUGGAGGGGAGUUCCCCCUUGAACUUGUGCUCAGAGCCGGGUGUGACGUCCCAAAGGCAGGUCUGCUGAAGGACCCCUUCUUUCAACCACGGGAGGUCAAGAACAUACAAGCUCCUCACACACCCUGUGUCUUAUUCUUUCUAGGUCACGUACUUUAGGAGCUGCAACUCAAUAAAGUCACCCUCAUUUUAAGCCAAGGUACCAGGUUUCUCUGCUGAUACCACCUUUGGGUAGUGUGUUCUAGUCCUAAAAAUGACCAGAUUGGGCAUGAGGUAACAGGAUAUGGUGGCAGAAGACAUUUUAAGCUUAGAAAAGUAACUAGAUAAACCCCAACUCCCCAUUGUACUGAGCCUUCAACUUAGGGGCAACUGAGUCAUUGGUAUAAAGAUACAUUUUCUUCCCAAAUGUCUUGUGAUGGAUAGACAGGCCUUCCUAGGCAGGCAGUCCUGCAGCGGAUGUUCUCUGGAGAGCACGAGAAAAAACCCAAGGUCAUGGCAAGAUUCACGUCCAGCCAUAAACUUCAUUUUUCUUGACUGACCCCAUCAAGAGGGCCAUGUCAGUCACUGAGCAGACGCUGUGGGUCCUGCAACCAUGAGGGGACACCUGAGUUUCCUGGGCCAGAAGGAGCCCAGAAGUGAGCUUAAGCGCAUGCACAUCCAGCUGUCAUCCACAACCCGUAGGCAUGCCUGCUGUGUGGCUCAGUGGUUGACCGUCGACCCAAGAACCAGGAGGUCACGGUUCAAUUCCCGGUC